CGAAGACAACGUGCUCGAGUUCGGUAUGAAAAGUGUUUGAAUUCCGCAUUUAGCGCGUUCGUAAUUUUUAUUUAUUUCGUUUUUUUUUACUGCGAUGUAAGAACGUGUAUUUGAAAUUGGGAUCACCGUUGAAGAGAACAUUUAAAAGUUAAGUAAAAAUUCCUUAGAGAUACUGCAAAGAAACAUGUCAACAGCAACGGAAGGAAUACCGAGAACAGCUAACCUCUUAGCAUGUAAGCAAUGGUGGAAAGUGUGUUUCUUAUACGGUGACCAAGAAAAGUAUUAUCGCCAAAUUUACGGCAAAGCCGCCUCACAACGUCUAGCACUGUCCAAUCAACAAUGCGACACUCAGUCGAAUGGAACUGAUACAACCGACGAUAAAAAGCAAACUGUUUCACCAACAUUGUUCCCAUUGAAACAACCAUCAAGACGUCGUUCGAAAAUCCAACCAUCUAUCAAUCGAGGUGAAUCAAUUAAACCGAAUAGCAAAGUAACAGUGUUGGAUGAUCCAUUUCUAUUCGGUUUGAAUGAACAUGCCAAUUUAUCGGAGGAUAGUGGUAUCGAUAAUGCUGCCUUCGAUAAUCCAACAACAAAUGCACGACGACACUCUACAAAACUAUAUACUGAACGAGAGUUGUGCAAUGACUUGAAAAUAAACGAAGAUGAUUUGAAGAUUCUGCAUUUGAGUAGAAAUCGCAGUGGACUGUUUCAUCAAAUUAACCAGAGUUUCAGUUUUAGUGAGGUGAACGCAAAUGAAAAUGUUGAUGUUGUUACAGCAACGAAUCAAAAUGGAUUAAAUCAACCUAACGAUAAUUAUGUUGCUGGUAAUGAGCCCGUAAGACGAUCAUUGCCAAUGUCUUAUCCCCACCAAAUGCCGUCUCCAUCAAAAUCACAUCACGGAGUCAUUCCAUCAUCGACAACAUCAUCGUUGCCAUCAACUCCGCAACCAACUUUGCAUCAUACACAACCUCCGCAUCAACAUUACCAACAUCAAACGCUUUCUUAUCAGCCAUCUUCCAGUUCAUUACCCCCAGCAACCGAACGUUUACCCAAUUGUCCGAUAACAUCGCAAAAGCCAAACAUUCCAUCGAAACCAUCGUCAUCGUUUCAGUCCCAAAUAUUUCACCCGAGCUAUCAACAAAAUCUCAUCGGCGGUGCACAUCAGCUGGACGUACAACAGAGACAUUCACAGUCGGACGAUGACAGUGGAUGUGCACUGGAAGAGUAUACAUGGGUACCUCCUGGAUUACGACCGGAUCAAGUUCAUCUCUAUUUCUCACAAAUACCCGAAGAUAAAAUACCAUACGUAAACUCUGCUGGGGAGAAGUAUCGUGUUAGACAACUGUUACAGCAGCUUCCACCCCACGAUAAUGAGGUUCGAUACUGUCAUUCGCUCACCGAUGAGGAGCGAAAAGAGCUGCGCCUCUUUUCGGCACAACGGAAACGCGAAGCACUUGGUCGAGGGAGUGUUAAGCAGCUGACGACAAGUCGCCCAUGUGAAGGGUGCGAAGAACCUCAAUCAUCUGGUGACAUUGUUAUAUUUGCCUCUCGGUUCGGCCAAAACGUUAGCUGGCAUCCGGGAUGUUUUAUUUGCUGUGUGUGUAAGGAACUGUUGGUCGAUUUGAUUUAUUUCCAUCGAGAGGGGAGACUGUACUGUGGACGUCAUCAUUCGGAAACACUUAAGCCAAGGUGUUCAGCUUGCGAUGAGAUCAUCCUUGCAGACGAGUGUACCGAAGCGGAAGGGAGAGCUUGGCACAUGAAACAUUUUGCCUGUUUCGAGUGCGACAAGCAGUUGGGUGGCGCUAGGUACAUAAUGCGAGAUGGUAAGCCGUACUGUUUGUGUUGUUUCGAUGCAAUGUUCGCCGAAUAUUGCGAUUAUUGUGGCGAACCAAUUGGAGUCGACCAGGGUCAAAUGAGUCACGACGGUCAGCAUUGGCACGCAACCGAUCAUUGUUUUUCUUGUAGCACAUGCAGAUGUUCCCUUCUCGGAAGACCUUUCUUGCCUCGAAGAGGAGCUAUUUAUUGUUCGAUUGCAUGUAGUAAAGGUGAACCGCCUACACCAUCAGAUAGUUCAGGUCCCGGUCUGCGUAUGCCGCGACAACGAUCAAAGCCGUUGAACAAACCUCUAUCGGACAACGAAUCAUCAACACCUCCAGCGUCGCCAUUAAUAACUCCAUCAUCGCCAAUACGUCAGAUGCGUAGUCCACAAACAGUUCGCAGUCCUAAGAUGGGAAGACGAGCACUGCAGCGAAAUCCGAAGGUGAAUCAAGAACAACAAACUUGGGAGCAGGAAGAGGUUAAUACAAGAGUAGCACCACAAAACGGAUCACAGAAUCAGAGCCCAAUGCCAUCACCGAGUCCCGUGAAUAAAGGAUUGGAUCGUGUGUUGUUAGAGAGAAAUUUGGAAAAGCUUUUAACGGACCGAGGUCAACCAGCAGAGCCGCAUCCACUGCCCGACUCACCACAAUUCCAACAACUUUUACACAAAGACCGAAGCAGAGAACCCUUAGACUUAACUGACCUAGGAGAUAGCCUAGACAAUUGGCACUCCCAAACAAAUAGUACAAAUCGUAAUAACCAAACGUCGAUGAAUUUCUCGACAAUUGAACCUUCCAUGGCAUCAUCAAUGCCCGAACUUGCUACCUCCAUGGAAGAACCCUUAACGCCAGACGAUCUGCCAACACCUGAUGUAUCCGAAGUGGCCCAAAACAAUUUCGAAGAAGUGAAAGUGAAGAAAGGGGUCCGUUUCGAAGGUGUGCAGGACACUUUACCUCGAUCGCGAAGCUAUUCGGGUCGGACGGAUUCGAAACGAUCAAAAAGUAGCAGUGGCAGAAGGAAAAGUACAUCGGAUCGACACUUACAUCGUCAACGGCCAUCCACAUCGAAAGAAAUCAAAAACGACGAUGAUAGUGAUGCGACGAGCGUAUGUUCAACAUGUUCGUCAAGCUCAUCCAGUACUGAUGACCUUGCCUAUCAACUACCGCAAAGGCGUCACUACGGCGGCGUUCGUGUCAGCUACGUACCGAACGAUGCUCUGGCUUGCGCUCGAAAGCGAAAGCAGCAAUUGGACGGAUGCGACAAGGACAACAAAAAUUGCAUAAUUUCGUGAAAAUAUUCACGUUGCCUAAAUUGAUUGGAUAGACGUGUCCAAUGUAUGUAUGUAAGCGACAACGGUAGUGUUUUUAAAGUGUUUGUAUGAGAAAAUAGAUUUGAAACGAAAGAUUUACGUCGCUUUUUGUAACAAUGAGAAAUCCACGGAUGAUUUGUCGUCAUUGUAAUAAUUUAGUAUAAUCCAAUGAAAGUGUAACUUAUGUCUCGUAACGGCUUGAACCAAUUCAUCAUCACACCACCCAUCAAUGUAAAGAAAUCACGUAAUCAAUAUUUCAAAUUUAAAAUUUGUAAAUUUUUGAUUAAAAUAUCAUUUUGUUCGUUUCAUAUCAUUUUUAACGAAUCAAAAAUAGAAAUUUUUAAUUGUUAAGUUAAAGACCGCAACAAUAUUCUUCCAGAAAACAUUUAUUGCCAACUCACAUGUAUAACGAUUUUGAAUUUCAUUAAUUUAAUUAUUUUUUUCCAAUUUUAUGUAAAAAAGAAGAUUAAAGAAGACAAAUAUUGUUAAUUUAA